UGAAAGUGAUUAUAUUCUCAAGGCAAAUGAGAGGAUGGUUUUACGUGCCAACCUGACAAGUCUUACAGUAGAUGACUUAAUGGAAUCAACUCUUUACUCUAAGAUUCUUUCAAUUGAAGAUGAUCGACUUUUUGAUUUCAAGUAUGUAAAAAAUAGCCCAAAGCACAAAGAAGUUGGAAUAGAAGAGGAAAACGUGUCCCAACAGGGUGAUGGGUCCGUUUGUUUACGAAUAGGACGAAUGCAUUUUGUCUACUUGCAUAGGAUUGUUACAGAAGUUCAACACUUUUUUGAGCCAUUUACUCAACCGGAACUGAUGUCUUAUAUGAAGAAGUCAGCUGAGCAUGCUGUUCAAGAACAGAUAAUGGAGUUGAAGAAACAAAGCAUGAAACUUCACUUAUCAGUCGAUAUUCAUGCACCAACAAUCAUGGUGCCUCAGAAGUCUGCAUCACCAAAUCUUUUAGUAUUAAGCCUAGGAGAUUUGAGUGUGGAAAACCUCUUUAAAGAAGUGCAUAUCCCUAGUGAUGGCUCACUUCAUCUUGUAGACAACAUUCUGAUGAGACUUAACUCCUUACAACUCUGCAGGGCUAUUAUUUUAUUGGAUGGCAUUCUUCAACAUCAGGAACCAAUUUUAGAACCAGUGAAAUUUCGACUUGACAUCAAACGAGCCCUCAAACCUUUCCAUAGGGAUAUUUUGAUGUUUGAUGUUACAGGAAGCAUUGAUAUUAUAAAGAUCAACAUAGGUCAGAAGGAUUUGAGCACAAUCUUUUCAAUUUAUCAAGAAAACUUUGCUGAAGGAAACUUUCUAAAAUCAAAAAAGCAAGUAUCCUCCCCUAUAACACCUGUGGAAGCACCAACACCAACUGUAAGUGAAGACUCAGUCAGGAAAUUAGAAGCUUUCUUUAAUUCUUCCAUGGAUGUCUACAAGGAAACCAGUUUUUCCUUUGUCAUGGAAGGCAUACAAUUGACAUUAUAUACAGAUAGUAAUGAGGUGCUGUCUUCUCCAGUACGUGACUCAGCUCAUGCCUUAUCAACGUUUCACAUGGAUGAAAUUCACAUGUCGGUUGAGAUGAAUAAUGACAGAUCUCUGGAGUUCAAAUGUUCCCUACAGGCAGCAACCUUGGAAGAUGUAAGACCAGAGAGUCAUCUUGCCUUAAGGAAAAUUUUCCAGUCAUAUAGUGGAGAUUCUCGAUUGGGAACUGGUAUAAUGGGAAUAAGCCUGAGUAUGCCACCAAUGGUUGAUUUGUCAUACAGACAGAACAGCAGUGGUGAUGCUGAAGUUAAUAUUCUAGUGGAGAAAACUCGACUGAAUCUGUCCAUUUCAUACAUUCUUGCUGUACUUAAGCUUGUAUAUGAUUCCCUGCCAUCAGAAAAUGUCAGUGUGGUUAAUGAAAAUGAUAGCUCAGGCCAUUUUAGUCUUGGAGGUCAACAAGGUCAUAGUCUUGUGGUGGGCCGUUUUUCUCAUGUCCGGCUCCCAUCAGACACAACCAGUGGAUAUUAUUCUGUUGUCAGCUCCACAGAAAAUGAAAGCAGAGGCCUCUCAGUAUCUGCCAAACUAAAAAAGCCAGAGAUUAUUUUAUUUGCAGAUCCAAUGGAUAAAAAUAGUCAAGUUUUGGUGUUAAAAAUGGACAUUAUAUUUGAUUAUAGCAGAAAUGGAGGUCAGGAAAAUGUAAUGGCAAAUGUUGCUGGCCUUCAUAUGUUGUCAUGUUCUUAUGGAAAUCGGAAAGAAACUAUGUGCACUGUAUUACAUCCAUGUGAUGCUGAAUUCUCCAGAACACAGAAAAUGACUGAAGAUCAAAUUGGAAUGGAAAUUCGGUUGAGUCAUAUUGACCUGCAUAUUUCAGCAUUGAUUGUACAAACUAUAAUGGAUGUUACUGAAGAACUCAUUGGUUCAGUAAAGGAUACAGACAUAGACAAUUUUGAGAAGAACAUUCCAGAAACCAGUCCAUUACAAGAUUUAUGGUCACCAAAGAAAAUCAUCCCAUUGAAAAUUGAUUCACAAGAAGCUCAAGAAAUUUGUGUGCAUCCGUCAUAUCCAGUGUCUAAGUCCCAAGAAACCCUAGCCCUCCAUAUACCGGAAUUAAAAAUUACAUGUGACAUUGUAGAAGGACUUCGCAGGGUGCCUGUUCUUUUCCUUAAACUAGCUUUAGAAUCUGAUUUUCACAAUUGGUCCAAACAGCUAUAUCUUAAAGCUGAUUUACAGUUAGAAAUGAUGUAUUAUAAUGAAAAAUUAUCAACAUGGGAACCUCUGGUAGAACCUGUGAUGGAAGUUGAGAAUGUUUAUCGGCCAUGGGAAGUGACUGUGAAAUUGUUUAGGGAAAGAAGUCAACCUAUUGUUUGUCGACAUGAAAGUAAUGAAAAAGCUGUACUUGUUGAUGUUGUUGAUGGAGACCAGGUCUCAGUUUUGUCUAAAGCACUCACAGAGUCGAGCUCUUCAGAAGAAGAAGUGGACAAUGAAAGUGAAAUGACUAUAAUAAAAAAGCAACAUACGAGACCUAAGAGAAUGGCAAGUCAAAAGUCACAUGACUUGAGUAGCCUGGUUGGAUAUGCACCAGACUCAGACUCUGAGAAUGAAGAAGGUUUGCUUGAAAGGAUAACAUCAGCAUUUGGCCAACUUUUCUCUGGUGAGAGUAGUGAUGAAGGUCAAAGUGAUUCAGAAGAACUUGGAGACGGAGAAGCAAAAUCGGAUUCUGGAGACACAGAAAUGGCUGAUGCUUCACCUUUAGAUGAUGAACCAGUGUUCCUUGAUCCUGGUAGAGGUGCAGAUGAAGUGGACAACUUCCAAGAAUCCACUGCAAGCUCCUCUUUAGCUACAUAUAUUGUCAUUGAUUCUUCAGAUAAUUUGAAUCUGAAUAUUACUCCAAGUGCCAUUAAUGUUGUGAAAGAAGUGUUCAAUUCUUUUCUAAACAAAUCCAAAGAAGACAGAUACUUAAUACCAGAAAACAUGAACAAGCCACUAUUGUUGAAGAAUUUCCUUGGUCCAGAGUCUACAAUAUCUGUGUUGGAAAAGUUAGAAGAGACAAGUGAAUACAUACUAUUGGAAGAAGCAUCAGGGAAACUCCCAGGAAGUACACCUAUAUCUCCAGGAAUAACUGGCAUGCUGGUAGACAUAACACCCAAUGACACAGAUGCUGACAUCAGUGGAGAUGAAACAGAUGGCUUUAACUUGAGAGCAUUUUUAGCCAAAAGAAAAGAUGCCAUUGUAGAUGUGUCAUCAGCUUAUCUUGAGGAGAACAUUGAGGACUUGUAUAGAAAGACCACAAAAACAAGAAUUUCUGUGAAGGUUGAAGGAUUUGACAUUCUACAAUGCCCCAUGCCUCAUCGGGCUGGAGUCACCAUGUUUGCUCUUCAGCCAAUCAGGAACAAAACUCGAUAUUAUCUCAUUAUAGAUGUUGACAUGUACCAUGGACAGAAAUCUAUAACAGUCUCAUCACCUUUAGUGAUACAUAGCCACCUGUCUGAUGCUGUUCAUAUCCUAUGUAAGCGAGCUAGACUUGAAGAAGUUGUUGCAUCCAGCAACGAAUAUGCAAGAAAUCCAUUUCACAAUAAAUUUAUUCGUCUAGUUACAUUAGAAAGUGGUGAAAGCUACAAUGUACCCUUAUUUGUGGCUUAUCAUUGUAAGCUGUAUGUACAACCUGCAACUGUGAAAACUGACAGUUACAAGUAUGAUGUGAGCACUGAGGGACUCUGGUGGCAAGAUAUUGCAGUAUUCCCAAGAAACAGGAAACAUAUCACCUGUAUAGCAAGUAGUGGAGAAAAUAGCCAAUACUGUGUUAAGGUGACUUGUGUUGAAAAUAAAGGUGUUAAAUGCCCUGCUGUUGGAACAAAAGUAGUCCCAAACUACACGCUACAUCUCUAUCCACCUGUUAUCAUACACAAUGCACUACCAUACACCUUAGAAAUUGCAGUGACAAAAACUGGUGAUCUUUUGGCCUUACAUGAAGGAGAGAGUGUCCCAUUAUUAGAUAUAGAGCCUGGUCAUGUUAGAGAGAUCUCUAUAGAGGCUCCAAAUUAUUUGGGAGUAUCAUGGAAAGGGAAGCUGGAAUUGUCUGCAGAUACUGAAGAACACCACACUGUGUUAAUGCAGCCUGACAUGGACAUAGAUGGAAGCAGUAAACAGCUGGUUCUGAAUGUUCAUCUUAGCCAUCAACAUGCACUAGAUGUCUACAUCUAUGCACCUUAUUGGGUUGUAAACAAAACAGGGCUUCCUGUUCAACUCAAGGGGUCAAUGUCUGAUGUAAUCUACAAUACCAUUUCUAACUCUCAUGAACCUCUUCUCUUCCGUUUCAAGAAGCACAAAAGAAAGAAGGCCAGAAUACGAGUGUAUAAUUCCAGAUGGUCUCCGUCUUUCUCUCUUGAUACUGUUGGGAACACUGGUGUGGUAGUCUGUCAUGAUAAUGAAAGAAAGAGAAAAUAUAAGCUGUUCCUGUCAAACCAACUAUCCCAUCUUCAGCUGACCAAAAUUAUUAUUAUUACUCCAUUUCUGGUAGUGAUGAACAACACACAGCAAUAUCUUCGCUUCAUGGAAGAAAAUGAACAAACUGACUUGUGGUUAGAUAUUGCACCUUCUCAAUGCCUUCCAUUUUGGCCAGAUACGGAAUCCAUGAUGAUGUUUGUCAAACAUCGUGAUAGCAAUAUUAUAUCACAGCACUUCUCCUUCAAAGAACCUUGUAUAACUGUAUUGAGAAUGGAUCAUGGGUCUGCUUUGUGUGUGGAAGUUACUGGAGGCUCAGAGACCCCAACAGUAAUAUCUUUCUUCCCAUACUGCCCUGGAGAUGCUCCAGUUUGUGUUGAAAAUCUGUGUGAAGACCUGUUUCUGAAGAUUAAUCAAAAAUCUUUGGGCCAAGUGACUUUGCUGAGUCCAUAUCAGUCAGUUCUUUAUACCUGGGAUGACCCAUCCUUAGAAAGAACUCUUAUCUGGAAUCUCUACAACCGAAAAAAAAAUGGUUUUUCUGCACAGAUUUUCAAGGAUGGUUUUGGACAUGAACAGCUGACUUUUCACUCUCUACGCCCAGCUGUAACAUCUAACCAAACAGACAAGUCUCCUGUUAUUGCCAGUAGCUCAGAUGAUGAUGAUAGUGAGUCCGAAGAUGGAAUCUAUCUCCCCAGAAAGACACGAAAAGACAAGGUUGAUGUUUAUUGGGUGUCAUUUCUGGAUGGCCACCAGAGGGUUCUGCUUUUUACUCAAGAUGAAAGAAUUGCCAGUCAUGCCAGAAAGGCAAUUGAUGGUGAAAUGGCAACCUUGGAAUGUUUCCUGUCACUUAACAGUAUAGGGGUUUCACUUAUAAAUAGAGCUUAUACAGAAGUUGCUUAUCUUGGACUCUGCAAUGCCCCUCCCAUCUGGGAGAUCCAGAUCAAUAACUCCUGGAAAUUUCUCACACUUGAUCUGUCAGCAUGGCUAGAAGACAAGUGGAAAGCAGAAUUUCAGAUAGCUCAACUGAAAGACUAUUUGUAUGUAGAUUUGAGCAAGAUGCAAAUGACUAAACCAUUUUUUGGUCAUUUGCGACGUACUUACACACCUGGUUUAUGGUUUCAAUUCAGGAAGUCUGAUCACCAAAUGUAUAUGCAUUUCAAAACCCACAGAAUGCAGGUGGAAAAUCAGCUUCCAGAUGCUGUAUUUCCAACAGUAUUUUACUCGGCUCCAACACCUAAGGCUAUAAUUCGUCGUUCUGGUCCCAGGCCAUUUGUCGAACUCAAGCUGUUAACUCAUCGAACAGAAGAUCUGAACCUGGAUACUAUCAAGUAUUUUAACUUGCUAGUUCAGCAGAUGAAUGUUAAACUAGAUAAAGGUUUUCUUCUCUCUGUAUAUGACAUGUACACUUCAUUAUUUCAACCUGAAGAAGAGAAAAGUCUGAUAAAAGCUGAUCUUUCAGCAGUGGAAAAGCCUUUAAAGGAGAUUAAUGUAGGUGUGGGGGCAACUCGCUCUCAAAGAACUGUUUUUGAGUACAUUCAUGUAUCGCCCCUAAAGAUACAGUUCAGUUUCAGUCCUCGUGGUGGAAUCCAUAAAGCUAUUCCUGACCCAUGGUCACUUCAAGAUGAUGUUCUUGACUUCUUUCUAAAUUCUGUUGGAGCCACUUUAAGUGAAGUAAAAGAUGUUGAACUCAGGAUGGCCUACUUCGAAAGAAAAGGAGCUUUGCUUACCCCAUCUCAACUGCUAGCAGAAGUUGAAGCCUAUUAUAUUUCUCAGGUUGUUCGACAAGUUUAUGUUUUAAUAUUGGGACUUGAUGUCCUAGGCAAUCCAUUUGGUUUGGUGCGAGACUUUACUCAUGGCCUAGGAGAUUUCUUUUAUGAGCCCUUCUUGGGAUCUGUAGAAGGACCAGAAGAAUUUGCUGAUGGUUUAGCUAGAGGGGCUCAGAGCUUACUAGGACAUGUUAUAGGGGGCACUGCUACCAGCAUAUCUUUGAUUUCUGGUUCUCUGGGACAGGCCUUAGCAUUACUAUCCUUUGAUGAAGACUAUAAGAAGAAACGACAGCAGCAUAUACAUCAAGCAUCAAGUUCCUUGCCAAACACACUUGCUGUGGCAGCAAAAGGAUUUGUCAUGGGUGUGGCACUAGGAUUGUCAGGAGUUGUUGUGAAACCUGUGACUGGUGCUCACCAGGAAGGAGUUGAAGGAUUUUUUAAGGGAAUAGGGAAAGGAUUGAUGGGACUAAUUACAAAACCGGCUGGUGGAGUGGUAGAUAUGGUCAGCAUGGCCUUUGAUGGAAUACGAAGAGCUGCAGAGUUUGGUGAAGAUGUUGUUGUUAGACUACGAUUACCACGUUUCAUCAAUCCUUCUCAGGGUCUGAAGCCAUACUCCCCCUACAUGGCUACAGGGUACAAACUCCUACUUCAAAUCAGCAAAGGACAUUAUGCAGACAGUGAUAGAUAUUGGGCUCAUGCUGCACUAAGCAAGGAAGAGAGAUCAGAUGUAGCAUUGAUCACUGAUCACCACGUCUUUCUUUUAGAGAAGUGUCGAUUCUGGGGUGGAUGGGAUGUUGAAUGGGUUGUGAACUUAGACAACAUUUUGAGUGUUCCAGUCGUUCAGGGUUAUCAUCUUGUCAUUAAAGUCAGACAGGAUGAGAACUUGCUCAACUUCAGUGGAGAUGAACGCUACAUUAAGAGUAAUGACCCACAAGUUCUAGAGUGGCUCAAAGAGAAGGUUGAGAAGGUGCUACUUGUCAACAUGGAAGACAGACCCUGUCCAACAUUGGUCUAAAAACAAAUCAUUUGAUAGAUUGUUGUAAUAUGUGAAUCCCUAAAUUGUGAGAGCACUGUUUUUUCUGCAAGGGUGUAUGUUAUUUUAUGUCAUGUGACAUUGAUGAUGAAAAUGUAGAGGUUCUUCAGCUCCAGAUAAAAGUAUUGUUUUGAUUUGAUAUUGAGAUUUUGAAUAAAUCAGAAAGUAAUGAUACAUUCCCACAAAAUGUUUCUGUGUAUCACCUUUUUGUAAUUUAUGAAACAAUUUUUUUUUUUAAUUAGCCAGAAUGUUGUAUUCCACUUAACUCAGUAUUAUUAUUUAUUGGUGAUUUUUAUUCAUAGUACGAGUACAUUUUUUUAUGUAUUGAAAUAUUGCUAUAUAAGUUUAAGAAAAUACAAUCAAAAGAUAAAAAUAAUAUAUUAAUUAAGCGUUUGUGUGUGACUACUGACAGUACUGAGACAAAGUGCAGGUGCUUGUAAGACAUAUGUUUAUUACAUGAAAGUAAUCUACUCAAUUAAGCUUAGUUAUUUACUGCUAGACAGUUCAAAGAGUUGGAAAAGGAAUGAAAAAUAAUUAUAUUAGUACAAACAGCUGCAGAUUGUGAAAAAUGUAAUAAAAUAUGAAGUUAAACAAAAAAUUUGUUCACUCAUAAUUCCGAUCAUCAAGGACAUGUUUGUGGAAAUGAAACUUUGUUGAAAAUUAACUUUGUAACAUUGUUAUGAUUUAUAAGAACCCUGCAUAUAAUUAUUUUGAAAAAUCAUUUUAGGAGUAUGCUUAAUAAUAAUAAUACCUUGUUUUGAGAUGUACUUGUAUAAAUCAUCCAUUGUUAAGUUAAUUGCUUUGAAUUUAAAGUAAACAAAUUUGGAGGCAAUUAAUUUAUUUCCAGAACAUGUAGUGAUUAAUAAAACAAAAUUAGAUAAUUUUCUCUUUAGAAUUAUACAUUAGAAGAAUACAUGUAUAAAAUCUCAAAUUGUCAAAUUACCUGUCAGUAUGUAUGUGUUUAAGAUGUACGCAUGAUUUUUGUUUUACUGGUAGAUGUUUCUGUAUUAGUUUGUACCUAACAUAAUGUGUGUAAGUGGAUUAUCAAAUACUAUUUAUGCUUAUUUGUAGCUUUAGAAUGAUUUGUUAAGUAAAUCUGUAAGAUCAGUUGAAUGAGAACAUGCACAGAAGUAAAUCUUUUUAACUUACCUCAAUUUAAUACAUAAUUACACCUAACAUAUAGCAUGCAACAAGGCACAGUAAAUUUUCACAUGGUUACCUGUGUAAUGAUAAUCAUUAUGAAAUUAAAGUUUAAGCAUAUAGCUAUUAUCUGAUUUAUAUGUGUAUUUUUUUUUGCUAUUGCUAUAUUAUUGGCAAGGUUACAAACCAGUUUGCCAAUUAUGUAUGAACUUUCUGGUAUAUUUCGUUCAGAGAAUUUUGGGUAUCAUUCCAAAUAAACUAAAUUACUCUUAUUUGAAGAAUGGUUUUUAUAGCAUUAAACCUAUAACCUGUUAUUUUAACUUAUUACAUCCAUUUUCGGAUUAAUAACUUUCAUGAAAGAUAAUUUAUAAAGUUAGCAUGAGAGCAGAGCCUAAUUUUGGAUUUCAAUAGAAAUUGUGAUGGGUUUUAAACAUUUAUCUUUGUUAAUUAUUUUAAAAAUACACUUUUAAAGAAAAUAUUUUUAUUUUAUUUACUUUCACUUAAAAAGAAGUUUGGAGUACCAAAACUUUAAUUACAGAAGUCAAACAAAAUUUACAGGUGUAGUCUAGAAACACUGGUUCCUUCAUACUUGAAGUAAACAGUGGUGCUCGGUGGAACACAGGCUUCCUGCCUAACAUGAUUUUUGAAUUUAAAAAGUUUUAUGAUAAUAUAUUUAUCUUAAUUCCUAAACCUUUUUUGACUUAUUCCUGUUUUUCAAUCAUUUCUUUGCUCAAUAUAUAUGUUGAAACAUUUUAAAAACUAAUACAAAACCACUAUAACAAACUACAUUAACAUCAAAUGUAUACUGUCCCCCAUAAUGUUUUCAUUUGAUUUUUGGUUUACACUGAACCUUUCCAUAAAAUCUGUUUAGUGGUUCUAAAAAGUAUUUUCUUAGAAGAUAAGUAGAAUAAUUAAAGUAAGAUUUCUUACAGGACUUGGUAAAGAACAAUAUGUAUCACAAAGUGUAGAAAAGUCUCUUAAAGCAUCUUAAUCAACUACGUAUACAUUGUACAGUUCAGGUGAUAUUAAUCAACCUUUUACUUGUAUACCCAAUUUGAUAAAUACACUUUGUGACUAAUUACGUUUGGAAUUGGCUUGAAGAGAUAAUGAAGAAAACUAUUACAAAUAUAACAUUGUAACAGAUGUACAAUGUUUUGACAAGGUCUUGUACCUGAUUAUGACAAAUUAUCGUACCUUUUAAUUAUUGUUCAUUUGUUACUUUAUUAUAAACAUGUAAUAAAGUUUCUUUCAUUACCCAUUCAAACCAUCUUCAAACUUUAUUGUCUACCAGAUGUUCUAAUGGCAAACUGCUCUGUUGGAAGAACUUAAUUUUGCUAGGUUGUAUUAUUCUAAAUUCUGGCAUUUGGUUAUGGUAUUUUGUAAUGAAAUGGUGUAGGACAAUCGAUAUGUCAUGUUGUAUUAGCCAGUUUCAUUUAGAUUCUCAGUAAACCAUAUGAUCAUCUUGUGUUAUACUUUGAAAAUUAAACCUAUG